GUGCCUAUGAGAGAGCUCUCAAAGAACAAGGAAGUGCUGAUGUAGCAUAUGCCCGUCUUAUGUUACUGGGAUCAGCUGGUACUGGCAAGACAUCUCUCAAGCAUUCAUUAAUGGAAGAACCUUUCAAUCCUCAUACCAAAAGCACCAUUGUAUCUGAUGUAUCCUCUGUACGACCAUUUGGACACAAGUGGCAAACAAUGAGAGGAAACAAAUGGAGAGAAACCACAGAAGAAGAUGAAAUUGAGGAACUUGCACAUUUGUUUAAAUCCAUUCAAUCUAAACAAUCCUUUAACAAUAGACCUACAUUUAGUGCACAAAAUUCUCAUGAUGAAUUGAUUUCUACAAGGUCUAUAAUUUCAAUUUUGGGUAUAGAGAGUAGUUUUAUCCAAUCAAUACUAAGGAGAGUUACACCUAGUAGUAAUCUAUCUCUUACAACACAGAAUUUUUAUCAGAAGACAAAAUCACUUGUUCAACCAUUUCUUCAUAUAUGGGAUUGUGGUGGUCAGCCAGUGUUCCUUGAGAUUCUCCCAGCCUUCCUCACUCCUCGUACAAUGUUUCUCCUCCUGUUUGAUGCUUCAAAGGAUUUCAGAGAAAGAUGGCAGUCACGUCAGAAUACUCCUGAUGGUAAAGUGCUGUUUGGUGAGGUAGUGAAUGAAAGCACAAGUCAUCUAAUGGCCAAAUGGAUGUCUACAAUACACAGUCACCUCAUGAAGCACAACAAAGAUGAUACCUCUUCUCCUAGUCUCUACUGUAUUGGCACUCAUGGGGACAAGCUACAUUCAGAAAGCAAGAAAGAAGUAAAGGAGCAAAUACAGUCCCUGUAUAGGGAGAAAGAGUUCUCAGAUCUUAUUAAAGAUGUGCUAAUCAUUGAUAAUACGACCUCAGGCAGAGGGAAAAAGGAAGACACAAGCAUCAAAGAAUUACGCAAAGCUAUUGAUGGUUUUAUCAAUAAGUUAGUUGUUCCAACUCCUGUCAAUUGGGUUCUCUUUCGCAAAGUUUAUCAAGAGCUAAGGCUGAAUAUCAUUAGUGUAUCUGAUGCUAUUGCCAUUGGAGUAGCAUGUCAUAUACCAGCAGCUGAUGUUCCUGAAGUAUUGAAAUUCUACCAUGAGUUGGGAGCUCUUCUUUACUAUCCUCAAAUAGAAGGUCUGAAGGAUAAAGUCAUUCUCAAUCCAAAAUGGUUUGUUGGUACCAUUGGGAAGGUGUUCCCACUAGAAAGAGGAUGGAGCAAAGAUGAUAGAUGGUUGUUGUUUCAAAGUAAAGGUAUUCUUGUUCAACCACUCUAUCAAGAGGUAUGGCAGUCAAGUGGUAUUGAUCCAGAAGAAAUCAUUGAACUUUUAGUUCAUUUUCGUCUUGCAGCUCCAGUUCAAACCGAGCUUAGCAGAUUCAAGCCGCAAUAUUUUCUUCCAGCAGUGCUACCAGGAUACACAGGUGAUCCUAAUGAAGUACGACCUGGUUAUAAGCUAAGAGCCUCACCUGUACACAUUACAUUCUCCACUGGGUAUGUACCUCCUGGCUUCUUCACUCGUUUAGCAACUACUCUAGCUACUGAUGCCAAUGUUAAGCUCAAAGUAACACGCUCUAAAGUUGAGAUAAAAAGUAUCUAUCGUAAUCGUGUCGACUUCUUUUAUGGUCAUCCUUCUGAUGAUUUUGUUCUCACUGAUAUUAAUGAAGCUAUUCAAGUUGAUGUGUUGCGAUAUAUCCCUGAGUGUAGUCAUCCUGUUCCUUUCAAAACAAUUUGUCAAAAAAUUAUGAAAUUGCUUGAGGAAUGUUGUCAACAAGUAGAAGAGACUCUCACUCUUUACCAUAAUGGUAGCAAUGCCGAUCAAUCAAGAAAAGUACAAUAUGUUUGUCAAUGCAGUCCUUCCAGUGAUGUCCAUUACAUUAAUGACAUUGAUGCUGAGAAGCAGACAUGCUCUGAAUAA